GCUCAAACGUGAAACAGCUGUGCUGUCAUCGUCCAGCGGCGUGUGUCUAUUGUGAACCAGUGUUUGCUUUUAUUUAUUUGGAUUUAGCUAAAUUUGCAAACGCGCUCAUGUUUUUGAAAGCCUACAGACUUAAGAGCAGUGCAGCGCUCAAGGGAUCGGAAGCUAAGAAGCUGCGAGCGAGAUUAGAGCUGGCAUUCCCCCACAUUUCGGUGGAAAAUCUGGUGCCGGCAAAGUCAAAUGUAACGCAGCUGAAAAUUCUGACACAUGGCGGCGUUCCAAGCAUUGUUUACUGUGUGGACAAACAGCCGAAGUUCUUCGAAUUGGAUGGUGGUCAACUGGUGCCCACACUAUACACAUUGUGGUCAACGCCCGAGAUAGUGCCAUAUUUCACCACUCAUGAAGGUGUGCUGCCCAAGCUCACGAAUGGCGCCGAUCUCAUGUUGCCGGGUGUGGUGCCUCUGGGAGUGGGUUUGAGCAUGUACGGGCAUUUCAAGAAGGGUCAGCUGGUUGGCAUCAACUUGACCAACAACAGCUCAGCGGUUGCUGUUGGCCAACUUGCCCGCUCCAGCGAUGAGCUGUACAUGUGUGGAGGUCAUGGUGUCGCUGUCAAGAUUCUCCAUUUGUUUGGUGAUAAGCUGUGGGCACAUGAGCCCAGUCUGCUGCAGCAGAUACCAAUGGUCAAAACGAAACCUUUGACGACUGAUGAUUUUCCGGCAUUGGGCGCAUCAGAUCAUCAGCGAAAGACGCCCAAAGCAGAGCAGUCUCAGCAAACAGAUGUGCCGCAUCCUGUCACGGAAGAUGUAGACACAAACGGAGUGGAAUCUAGCACAGCUGCACUGUCACUGGAAGAGGAAGAGGACACUGAGGUGGAGGCAAGUGGUACAACGGACGAAUCCACACAGGAGACACUGCUCAAGAAUGCAUUUCUGGCCGCGCUCAAGAACAACGGCAAGAAGCUGCAACUGCCGCUCCUCACCAGCAACUUUUACCGGCUCUAUGUGGUGACUGAAGCUGCGGAGCAGAUCGAUUUGAAGAAGACCCGCUACAAGAAGCUAUCCAACUUUCUGGCCGAGAUGGUGGAUCAGGGCUUCCUGGUGGUGCGUGAGGAGACCAAGGGUGUGGAUAAGAUCAUCUCGGUCGAUCUCGAACAUCCCGAACUCGUCAAUUUCAUCACGGACGUUAAGAAAUCCGACGGCAGCGGCGCAGCUGCAGAGACGCCACUGUUCCACUCGGAGCUGAAGGAGAUGUACAUCGUGUCCGAUGUGACAGCUGCCUUCUUUACGAAGCUGAACUACAAGCGGGGCGAGGGGAUUCCCGUUGGACAGGUCAAGAAGAUUGUGCGCGAGUAUGUGAGCAAACAUGGACUCGUUAAUCCGCAGACGAAGCUGGUGCGACCGGAUGAUGUCCUGUUGGAGCUGUUCGGCAAUAGGGAGUGUUCGCUAAGCGAACUCACCUCGAUGAUAACCAGUAAAAUGCAGCACUCCUACCAGAUGUGCAGUGGCAAGGACACCAGCGGCAAGCCGCAGAUCCAGAUGUCCCUGGCCACGCGAUCGGGCAACAAGAAGGUGACACUGGUCAGCAACAUCGAGGCCUACGGCAUCAUUAUGGCCGAGCUGAUCAAGCUGUGCAAACAAGGAGCGGCAGCCAGCACCACAAUCGUCAAGUUGCCGCAUCAGAAGCACGAGCAGCUCCAGGUGCAGGGUAACCAGAUCCGAUUCAUAUACACACUGCUCACCGAGACCUACAAGGUGCCACCCAAGUGUAUAUUGGGUCUCGAGCUGGCCAAGGAUGGCAAGAAGAAGAAGAAGUGAAGCAUUUAGUUUAGAUAUAAUCAGGGACCGUAACAGCUAUAAUUUUUAAAAUAAAAAUUAUGAAAUAACAAUUA